AAGCAAAGGAGAUGGUUACAAAAGGCAAGCAACAAGGAACUCAGUACCAAUACAGGGAGAAAACAUUACGAGAAUCGACGUUUUAGCAGGAUUGCAGUUUUUUAAAGAUCUUAAGAAGGAAGAGAAAUGUAUAAACUCGACCUUCCCGUAGAUAUGAAGGAGAGCGCUGCCAUAGAGAGGCGACGGAAUCGAGAAUUGCAGCGCCAAAGUAGGAUUUUCAACGCUCGUGUUCGAACCAUUGGGGUAAGUGUUUAUUUCUUGUAGAUGUGGAUGGUAACAAUGCUGAUAAUAGGAAAGUGAGCGAAAGAGACAAGUAAAAACGUUGUUUUGAUUUUAGUCAAGCAAGAGUAGUGUUUCCUAUGACUUUGUUUUCGUAUUUGUCUAAAUUCUCUAGUUUUUCUGACGGAGAACGCGAAACUGGGUUUGGAAAUGAAUACCUAUUGAAAUUGGUCUGAUCUGAACCACCUGUAGAACCACAUCAGCUAGACUACACACGUAUGAUUGCUUGUGGGCGUUUUUAUACCGUUGAAACAUUCUCAAGAAUUUUACGUGUUUUUAUUACCUUAAGAUUGACUUGAAUGCACUCAACGAGCAAGUGCAAGAUCGUACACGACGCGAAGUUGAAGAGGAGAGGCGACAUAAUGCGUUCGGUAAGUCUCAAUUUCCUGAAAUGUCAGACAGUUGCAAACGAAAAACAUUCCCUACACAUGGCCACGAUCUUUCCUUUUUUUACUGUUAGAGGUAACAAUAUCAACUAUUAGGUUGUCAUUAUAACAUCAAGGUUUCUGGCUCAGGUAACUCGGAUGGCCGAUUACGAAUUCGCCAGUAAGCGCGGCAAGUAGAUUGGCCCGUUAAAUAGCAAAAACUAUAUUGGUGCUUCUCAGCCAAUCAAACUUUUAAUCAGAGUUGAUAACUUUUUUCGGACGUUAAUGUGGCUAUCAGUAAAUUAGCGACAGAUGAACAUACGAAAUAGUACCUGUGUUUCUGUAGUUAUUUUAGAUCAUGUGUGCAGUGCAGAUAGGCAGGCUAAUUUGAUAGAAAUAUCAACUUGUAGUAAUGUGCCAUCAGGUAGCCUGGGUUGAUAAGCAUUUCUAUCCAAAAUCUUUUAACAAGAUGACAGAAGAUUAAGUGGGGUGGGAGCUCAAGGACAGUGACAGCCACUAGUCAAGAUGUGUGUUGAAAUGUCUUUACCUUUAACUCACAAUAGUGAUUAACAUGAAACUUCUCCCAAUAAUAUCCAUACUUUAUUCAGUAAACAGGUAAUGAGAAUAUUCAAGCUUAUCAAUUAGAAACGGCUAUCUUGAUCUAGCACCAAGUUCCCAUAACUUAUUUACAAGGAAAUAUGUAGCAGCUAGAAGGGAGAGUUAAUAGUCAGAUCUUGGGAGUUAAGGGUUAAGGUGUCAACCUACUAUCAGGUCAUUGAGACAUGGGAUAACUUCUGGGUGAUUGUUAGUCGACUGCUAAUUAAUAUACUGACCAAGGCUACUAAUAGUGCACAUGAUGGAUGCUCUACCUUGACUGAAAUAUUCUUCUUUGUGAUGAUUACAGCUGCUGACAUGACAAGAAAUGAUAAAAUCACUGUCUUGCUUCAGAAGCGUCAGGAACAUGACAUGCGUGAGUUGAAUAAGGCUGUGAAUGAAUUCCGUCAAUCUUACCAGCAGCCAUAUGAUAGACGUGAAUUUGACUUGAAUGAUCCGGAUAGUUUGAAGAAAGACAAACCUGCCAGGGUAUCUGAUGAUGACCCUCGUUGUGGGGUGGCAUCACUUCAGAAGUUUGUUGGGGAAGAUUUGAAUGGCAAGGCACGUGGAAAGUUACAGCAAGAACAAGCACGGUAAGGGAUAAUAUUUAAGUAGAGAGGGUUAGUGACUUUUAUUUACGUUAUAUCAAGACUGAUGUACAUUAAAAGAUCAAAACAGACCAGCAAAUUUCAUAACAGUAAGGCACGUUGCUCAAUGUUACAGAACAAUUAUGUAGGGUUGUUCAGAAAUUUGAUCCAAUAGUUGUCAUGAAUCCUGUGUUUGUGACUCUUUGAUAGUUAAAAUUUUAAUAUCCCUUUCUGAAUUUAUAGUGAAUGGAUCAAGCAACAAACAAAUGAGAAAGAUCAAGCUUUGGCAAAUCAGAAGUAUGCAGACCAUCUUUAUGAUUUAAAGGCAAGAGAAAUGGACCAAAGAGCUUGUGAACUUGCCAGUGCUGAAGCAGAUUGCAGGCGUGCAAUAAAUAUGGCAACUAAAGAUAUGAAUCAAGCUUUGGCAAGAGAAAGGAAGGCUCAAGAAGAUUCAGAUAAACAACAGGAACAAGAUGACAACUUUACUGAAAUAUCAAACUCUGUGUUUGGUGACAUGUUGACAGAAAAUCCUGAUGUGGCCCAGAGUGCCUUUGGACCUCACAGGGUGAUCACUGAUCGCUGGAAGGGUAUGAACCCAGCUCAACUGGCAGAGAUAAGACGUAUUCAACAAGCACAGGUGGAGGAGAAGGAGGUUAGUGUGAUUUAGUGUACAGGAAACUUUUGAUCAACAUCCUUGAUAAGUUCUUGGAAAAUCUUAAAAUUUGAUUGUCAAACAUCAAUACUCAAAACUUGAACUUCUAAACUCACUUUGAUUGUUGACAAUAGCAAAUUCAAGUUUUGAGCUGAGAUUGUCAAUUUACAGUAGGUAUUCUUUUGAGCAGUAGUUACAAGCAUGGUAUGGUGUAAUUAUGGGCUCUCAAAGUCUAAAGAUAAUUAAAGUAAAUUUCAGACUUACAAGGGAACUUUUUUAGACAUGUUUGUUCAUGACUUAUGCUAUCAUCAGCUUAAUGUGUUUAUUAUUGAUGUUGUCUAUAGAGACUGAAACAGGAGGAGGAAGAGCAGGAAAAAGAAUACAAUAGAUUGAGGUUGACGCAAGCUAAGGCAGGAAUAAUAGCAGAACGUGGAAUUGAAAGAAAGAAAAAGGAGAUUGAAAAGGACCAGGCAGAUGAGAACAGAAGACUGGCAGCUGAACAAAGAGCCAAGUAAGUUUUCCAGUAAUUCAAAAGUUCAAAGCUAUAAUACAAAGGCAGCCAUGGUACCCCACUUGUACCUUAACUGAGACAUUUACUAGUUGUUGGCAAGACUGAAGUUUUUCCACUUGGAGGUUGAUCUUGCUAUGAUUAAACUUUGGUAACAGGUCCUUAUUCUUUAAAACAGAGGUGGUUCUUAUGUGUGUGGAUUUGGUGGGAAUGGCUGCGUGCACAUGAUGCCUUUGUCCACUUUCCAAAGGCAGGCCACAGCUAUUUUUGUUUUUACCUGUUUGGCAAGAACAGUUGCCUGUUUUGGCAAGAAGUGUGGGAACUGAUAUGUGCAGAGCUUACAGCUCUAAUUGCAUGUGUUUUGGAGGACCAUCUUGGAGAAAUAAAGGUCUUUGAAAAGACUAGCUUGCUGCAUUUAGUUUUCAUCUUAAGUUUACAAGUACCAAAAAAAAAAGAUAAAGGCAACAGAUGUUGGAUAACAGUUCUCAACAAAGUUGCCUGAAAACUGAGACUUAUGUCCUUUGCUUUUCCUUACAGAAUGGAUUAUCUUGACAAAGAAGUUUACACCAAUCCCCCUACAGCAGCUUACUUUAUGCAGUAUAACACAACAAGUAGAUGAGGACCUCUCAAUACUUUAUGAAAAGCUGUAAUGAUAAUGCAUAAAAUUAUUAGGGAAACAUGCACUUAUUUGUAAACAACUUUUCCAGCUCCACAAAAUGGAAAUGUUAAGGAGUUUUAUGCAGUUGUCAAAAUUUUAUUGACAUUUCAAAUGUACUACAUUUCCUUCUAACCUGUCUUGGUUGUACUGUACAUUUAGUUUCUAG